GUAAAAGCCUUCUAAUCAAGAGACCUGAAGUCUUGAGCACACUCCUAGUCAUAUAUUCACACCUAGUCAUCAGCUGUUGUCAUUGCUGUCUAUCACAACAUCUAUACAAAAGAGAGCAUUCGGCUGCAGCUAAGGUUACACACCUGCUACAGCAGAAUCCUGCCACUAUCCUCUAUAUUUUACAUAAAAUCCCCACUAUGAUGGCUCAGCAAACCCUCCCCAGAUGUAACGGUUGUAGCGAAGCACUCGAAGCUGUGCAGUACUUAGAAGCUGGAGACGCCAAAUACCAUAAACAGUGCUUCAAAUGUAAGACCUGUGCAUCGGAAAUCGGAGCAGGUGCGUAUGCAUUGGUGUUUGGCAAUCCUACCUGUCAGACAUGUGUUCAGGUACUCUCCAAACAGCCAAGUAAAACUAUUCCUAACACGAACGCUGCCGUUGGCUGGACUCGCAGAACGACUGGCGUGCGUGUCACCGUACAAAGUGAGAAGUGUUCGAAGUGUAUGAAAUCCGUUUACCCCGCAGAGAAACUCAGCGUGGGCGGAAAGCCAUGGCAUAAGCAGUGUUUCAAAUGCAACGGCUGUGCUAAGGCACUCUCUCUUGGGGCAGAGUGCAUGCGAGAGGAUACACCAUACUGUAAAGGGUGCUACGGAAAAGAUUUCGGCCCAGAAGGAUUUGGCCGUAACUCCGAGUUCACGUACACAGCUGCCAAGUACGCGGCUGACGGUGUUGUUUAGGAGAACUGGUUCGCUGUCCUGCGUGUAUGCUUGAAUGGCUGGCCGCCGCAUAAAGUUGCGCGAUUUUUCGUGCAGAAAUACGACAGCGUCGAUCUAGAACGGACAGUGGAUGGUUGUACGUCCACCAUGCCCUUCCACACAAAAAUUGUUCCAUUCGUACUCCAGUAGCGCAGUUCAAUAAAAGGGUUCGUAUUAUUCGGACUGAUUUAAUCCA